AUGUUUAUUGUCAUUGCUAAUUACAAUGCUAGUGAUAAUUCUUCAGUUACUAAGGUGAUGAAGGCUGCUCCAAAGGCAAUAGAGCGGAUUGACAAAAGUGACGAUGCUUCAGCUGACAUUGAAAACCCGGCAGCUCCAGUUCCAGAUCGAGUGCGUCGCUCAAAUGAAAUGUUUUCUACACCUCGAGUAGUCUCCAUUGGCCCGCUUCAUCAUGGCGCAGAUGAGUUGAAACCAAUGGAAGAUUACAGAAGAAAUUGCUUAGCAGGUUUUCUUCAACGAACUAAGGUAAACUUGGAAGAAUUUGUAGAUGUUAUAAGGAGAAAUGAAGUCAGAUUGCGUAAUUGUUUUGAAGAAAUCAGUGGACUCAAUAGUCAUGAUUUUGUGAAAAUGGUUUUACUGGAUUCUGCCUUCAUUAUUGAGGUAUUAUUGGAAGAUCUUUUGUCUGAUGAAGUCCCUGAUUGUGAAAAGAGUUUAUAUUCGAAAGGGUUGUUGCUUCUUGAGGUAAAGGUCGACAUGAUGUUACUUGAAAAUCAGCUUCCGUUCUGUGAGACUGAGAAAACAGAGAUCGAAAGAGUUCUCUAUAUUCAGAACUUUUGUAUCUUAUUAAUUGAUUUUGAUUGA